GUUAUCAGCCCCUGGCGUGCAUCUUAUAACCGAUAGGUGUCGUCUUGAAAACAUCAACAAAGAAGUGAGAUGACUCUAAGAUAACACCACUACGUUUAUUUUAGAGUUACGGUAACAAUCAUCAUAUCGCCACGAUGCCACCGGGGAAACACAACAACUUUGUAAUUAAAGAAAUGAAUGAUGGUCAUAAAAUUACAAACAAGACAAUAAGCCAGAAAACAUUAACCGGUUUGGCAGAGCUGUGGAAGAGCCAGGAGCUAUGUGAUGUCACUAUAAGUAUCAAUCAUGAGGAGUUCUCUGCCCAUCGUCUGGUUUUGGCGCUGAACAGUGACUAUUUCCGAGCCAUGUUCUCAGCAGGCUUCCAGGAAUCCCAGACCGGCCGUAUCACCAUGGACAACCUCAGGAUUGAUGCUGUGCGCCGACUCGUGGAAUACAUGUACACCGGCGUCCUUACAGUGACCAAAGACAAUGUACAGGAUCUCCUGGUGUCUGCAGACAUCUUACAGAUGUCUGAUAUCAAGAAGAUCUGCUGUGGGUUUAUUGAGAAGGAAAUUGAUGCUUCCAAUUGUCUAGGUAUCCAGGAGUUUGCGGAGAGCUUUGCGUGCACGGAGCUCCAGGUGAAGUGUAUACAGCUGGUCAAGCUGAGAUUCCCUGUCGUCUCCCGCACGGAGGAGUUCCUGGCUCUCAAGACCGAUGCACUCAUCAGGAUCCUGCAGUACGAAGACUUGUGUCUAGGAUUUUCUGGUGAGGCUGUUGUGCUUGACGCCAUUGUCAGCUGGCUUGAGCACGACCCAAUGUCCAGAAUACCAGACUUGCCAGACAUUCUCACAAACGUGAGACUGCAGUGCAUCCCGGACGCCCACCUGAGACAAUUCAGAAACAGUGCUGUAGUUGUGGAAAACCCAGCUGUCAGGAGAGUUAUCGAGAACCAGCUCAGCUCCACGGGGAGUAUCCAGGACAAGCGCAAGGCUGUCAGGUUCAUCUACUCUAUUGGGGGAUAUCUGCAGUCCCGCACAGGCCCCCUGUGUCCAAGACUGAGGUCAGUUGAACGUUACGACCUUCGCCAGAAUAGCUGGGACAAUGUGGAGAAUAUCCCAAUUCUUGCAUCCAGUGUUCAAGCUUUCAACAUCUAUGGUCGACUUUUCUGUACAGCAUUUGAGUUGACGAACUCUCCACAAAUAAACCCCGAAACGGAACGUGCCGGUUUUUAUGAAUAUGACACUCUACAGAACAAAUGGCAUGACGCAACCGAGUGUUUCUCCCCCGAGGCAGUGAACGUCCUCCAUGACUGUCUCAGGAAAUCAGGGGCAAUAACUCUCUGUCCUUCUUCCAACAAACUGUACACAGUAACAGAAGCAGACGUCAAGUGUGUUCACAUUGAGUUGGAGGACGGAGACCUGGCUUGCAGGAGGGUGGAGACGAUGCCUCAAAUUGACUUCUUCCAAAGUGAGUCGGACUGUCGGUCAAACUAUGCUGCUGUGGUUUGCUUGGGGAACCUGUAUGUGCUCGGCGGGGACGAGCGCUUCUCACAGAUGGAGAUAUUCCCCACGGCUAUAAUGUGUAUGUUUGAUCCGACCGAGAACAAGUGGUUGACCAGAGCCAGCAUGAUGGAACCCCGAGCCAGAUUUGAUGCAGUGGAGAUGAAUGGGUACAUCUAUGCUGUGGGUGGCUUUAACAACCGACGUCUGCGCAGCGUCGAGCGCUACGAUCCCCGCUCCAACUGCUGGUCAUACGUAACAGCCAUGAACAAGGAACGAAGUCAUCUGAGGGCAGUGGUGCAUGAUGGGAAGAUCUUUGCCAUGGGGGGUAAGUCGUACUCAUUCCGGUUGGGCGGGGCACGCAAGGUGCUGAACAGUUGUGAAGUGUAUGACCCCACAGCCGAUGCCUGGACCUUCACACAGCCCAUGAAGCAAGCUAGGUGUAUGUUUGGUGCAGUUGUCUUGUAGCCUCCCUGGACCUUCAAACAGCCCGACCCGUGAAGAUCCCAGGUUGUAUAGGUUGACCCAUGCUUGCCGUUAAAGGCGACUACGCUUGUCGUUAAUGGCGACAAACGGGAUCAGGUGGUCAGAUUCGCUGACU